AUGCGUGGAGAUGAAACAUCCCGUUAUCCUGGCUUUCGCUCUCCGAAGCACUCGGUCUCCCCGACUCCGGGAAACGUCAGCUCCCGGGUCAUGCAUGUCAUCAAUUCGCUUUCCCAGUACGAUGGUAAAUCAAUCCGGAAUUCUGGGCAUCUCUCUACAGUACCCUGGACUGAUCAAACUAGGAUCGAGACACAAGAUGUAUUAUUUGCGAAAGACCGGCAGAUUGCCCGCUUUGUGGAGCUGGGCCCUUCGGCAACGCUCACAAACAUGGCCGCCAAAACACAAGCUGCACAAUAUGAAAAUGUGGACUCCCUGUUGGGACUUCAGCGCAGCUUUCUGUCCAGUGUGGAUAAUGCUCCCCAGGUUCGCUAUCACUAUGAAAGCAGAUCAACACUAGAGGAAGAAGCAGAGGAGGAACAUACCAUUUCCAGCGAUGUAGAAACGCCCGCACAGGUGAUUGUGCCUGCUGUAGCCGCACCUCCAUCUUCUUGCGAGGGAAUGCCGGCCACUAGCAUCAAUGAUGUGCCCAUGCCAGCAUCACAGCUGAUUACUAUGUGGGUAGCAUUCAAACUAAAGAAACCAAUGGAUAAGAUAUCAGCCAGGCAUUCUCUCAAGGACCUAUCUUCUGGAAAGUCAACACUACAAAAUGAACUCAUGGGAGACCUCACAGAACAAUUUGGAUCAGUCCCGGACGGCGCCGAGGAUAUGCCCAUCUCAACCCUCGCGGAUGCUUUGCAGCCCCAAAGCUCGGGCCAAGUGAGCCAGGCUUUCUCCGAAAUGAUCGCGCGGUGGAUAUCUUCCAUACUGCCGCCGAAAUUCGGGCUGAAUGGGAUGCGCCGGUACCUUGAAGUAUCGUGGGGCCUCGGUCCAUCCCGCCAGAUGUCCGUCAUCGUCUUCGCGAUGACCCAAAGUAUCGCCAACGCUGAAAGUCGUCUGUCCUCGAUUGCUGCCGCGCAGUCAAUGCUCGAUGACUCUUCUAUGAAAUAUGGGGCUUACUCUGGUUUAAAUCUCCAAAAAGUAUCAGCUCCCACUAAAGGCCCGACAGCAGCAGCUGCCGUGGACAGUGAAACAUUGGACAAGCUCAACCAGGACCAAAAGUGUCUCGCCAACCUGCAGCACCAAGCAUUAAUGCGCUACUUGGGCGUCGACGAUACAAACCAUGGCAAACUGUUGGAAUUGGAAUCUCAGUUCAAGGCUCAGAUGAGUCGGCUGUCUCUGUGGACAUCCGAAUACGGCGUAGAGUGCGAGUUGGCAAUUAGGCCAACAUUCGAUGAAAAUCAUCUGAGGCACUUCAGCUUCUGGUGGAAUCAAACUCGGAUGGACGUCUGCCGUCUUUACCAUGACCCCGAUUGUUUGCAGUCGCUGGUUUCGUCUGCUGCUACGGACCUGUCAAAUUGGAACUCUCUGCGACGCAUUGCCAACAGAUCAAACCGACGAACACUUGACUUGGUAUCUGGCAUGGUGACAUACUCUACAUCUCACAAGGACAAAGCCCUUUUCGCUGUCACGGGGAGCAUUCUCACCAACAUGAUCAUGGAGAGCCUGGCACUCCCGCCACGAGCGUGCUUUGCCUUCGUGCCUUCGGCACCUCGAACUACAGUCAACCCGAAUGGAUCUGUUGCCUAUUCGGAAGUCCCACGACUACAGUCAGAUUCAGUAGCACAGUAUGCCCACGUACUCCAGGAGGGGCAACAUACUACUCUGAAAACCCAAGCGUCCGGAACGUGGGGCAUCAAUCUUGAAUUGACUGCGCAGCACUGGGACGCCAUUUCAAGAGCCCAGCAGGAUGGGCUGUCAUUUCAUAACAAAGUAGCCCUUAUCACUGGAGCGGGUCUAGGCUCUAUCGGGGCCGAGCUGGCUAAGAAGCUCCUCAUGGGUGGAGCCACCGUGAUCGUGACUACUAGUCGAUCAAUAUCCCGCGCCCAAGGAUUCUACCGAGCCAUUUACCGGGACUAUGGAGCACGCGAUUCUGAGUUGUUCGUCCUACCGUUCAACCAAGCCAGUGUCAAAGACUGCAAAGACCUUGUCGACUACAUCUACAGUGACUCGGGCUUGGGUCGCAAUAUAGAUGUCCUCAUACCAUUUGCCGCCAUUCCCGAAGAUGGGGCAGAGAUUGAUCAACUGGGCCCCAAGUCUGAGGUGGCCCACCGCUUGAUGCUGACAAACGUUCUCCGUUUGAUGGGAAACAUUGUGCAACAGAAGACCGAUCGUGGACUUCAUUUCCGUCCUACACAGGUUCUUGUUCCCCUCUCACCCAAUCACGGGACGUUUGGUGGCGAUGGCCUAUACUCGGAAUCCAAACUGGGACUUGAAAGCCUCCUGAACCGCUUUGCCUCCGAGUCUUGGAACGAGAAGAUCUCCAUUUGUGGUGUGAUAAUCGGUUGGACACGCGGGACGGGACUCAUGGAGUCGAAUGAUAUCCUUGCCGAGACUGUUGAAGCGAACGGGGUCCUUACAUUCUCUCAGGAAGAGAUGGCACUCAAUAUCCUCUCGCUUCUUACUCCCGAUAUAUCUGCCUUCUGUGAAGAUGAGGCCAUUGUGGCUGAUUUUGGGGGCGGCUUACAACGUCUUCAGGGAUUGAAAAAAAUCACUACUGAGGCACGGGCGACUAUUCGUGAAGAGCAACAAUGUAACAAGGCAAUCUUCGAAGAGGAUACCCGGAUGCGCACUUUGAUCAACCCACCUCACAGCUCCAUCGGCUCUGGAAUACACCUGGUGCAGCGACACCGACGAAGCAGAUUGCAAAUGAACUUCCCAUCAUUACCAAAUUACAACCAGGACCUCAAGGAUCUGCGUGAUCUUGAAGGCAUGGUGGAUCUGAGCAGUACCGUUGUCGUCGUGGGAUAUUCCGAGCUUGGGCCCUGGGGUAAUUCCCGAACCCGCUGGCAGAUGGAGAGCCAGCGCAAAUUGGCCCAGGAGGGAUACAUCGAAAUGGCCUGGAUCAUGGGUUUGAUCAAGCACUUUGAUGGCCCACUGAAAUCGGGCGAGCACUUUGUCGGCUGGGUCGAUACUCAAAGUGGAGAGCCUGUCUCAGACGACCAGGUCGCAGAGAAAUACCACACCUACAUGCUUGAUCACGCAGGCAUCCGGCUGAUUGAACCGGAAGCGCUUGGUGGCUACGAUCCGAUGAAAAAGGAGUUCAUGCAGGAAAUAGCCGUGGAGGAAGACCUCCCACCAUUCGAAUGCACUCGGGCGACAGCGAAUGCUUUCCAGGCGAAGCAUGGAGAGCACCUUUCAAUCCAGCAUUUGGAGGAUUCUGACACGGUCCGAGUACAGAUCAAGGCUGGCGCCCACCUGUGGGUCCCAAAGAUCGUGCCCCUGGCCUCGAGCGUCGUGGCUGGUCUGCUGCCCACUGGAUGGAAUGCAGCUCGAUACGGAAUCCCGGACGACAUUGUCGGUCAAGUGGAUAACGUCACGCUGUACACACUCUGCUGUGUGGCUGAAGCCUUUUUGAGUGCAGGGAUUGAGAACCCACUCGAGGUCUUCACGCAGAUUCAUCUUGCGGAGAUCGGAAAUUUCAUUGGAAGUUCUUUGGGUGGAACUGAUAAGAAUCGGGAAAUGUUCCACGAUGUUCGUCUCGACAAGCGUGUUCAAGGAGACGUGCUUCAAGAGACCAAUCUCAACACACCCGCUGCUUGGGUGAACAUGCUGUUGCUCGGCUCUAGCGGUCCGAUCAAAACACCAGUCGGCGCCUGCGCAACGAGUCUAGAAUCCAUGGAUUUGGGCAUUGAUUCAAUUUCCAGUGGUAAAACGCGAAUGUGCCUAGUUGGCGGCACGGAUAAUCUCCAGGAAGAUGAAUCCUAUGCUUUCUCAACUAUGAAAGCUACCGUCGACGCCACCAAGCAGUUUGCAGAGGGUCGCCAACCAGCUGAAUUCUCCCGUCCCACUGCAGAGACCCGGGCCGGCUUUCUGGAAGCACAGGGGUGUGGUGUUCAACUCAUCUGCAAUGCGGAGACGGCUAUCGAGAUGGGGUUGCCCAUCUAUGCAGUGGUGGCCGGUUCAACAAUGGCAUCCGACAAGAUCAGUCGAUCGGUUCCCGCGCCUGGAAAGGGUCUUCUGACAUUUGCAAGAGAGACCACACAGGGCAAACAAUCCCCUUUGCUCGACCUGAAACAUCGACGAGCGGCAUUGCACGCUACGCUUUCCCGAGUAUCGCAAGCCAAGCUAGAUCAGCCUCAACCAUCCAGUAUUCCUGCCAAUGUCUCCCAUCAAGUCAACAAUGCCCUCACCCGGCAGAUGCGGAGGCAUUGGGGCAAUCAGUUUCGUGUCCAGAACCCAGAGAUUUCCCCGCUUAGAGCUUCACUCGCCGUAUUUGGCCUCACAGUCGAUGAUAUCGGUAUCGUCUCUCUCCACGGGACCUCUACCAAAGCCAAUGAUAUCAACGAGCCCGAGACAAUCAACACGCAAAUGUCCCACCUCGGUCGCAAGGGCCCACCUCUGAUUGCGGUGUGUCAAAAAUCAAUCACUGGCCAUCCGAAAGCAGCCGCUGCAGCCUGGAUGUUGAACGGGUGUCUUCAGAUGUUGCAAUCGGGCCUUGUCCCGGGCAAUUUUAAUUGUGACAACAUUGAUCCUGCGCUGCAGAAGUUCGAACACCUCGCUUUUCCAACUGAAACGAUGCGCGUGCCCGAUGUCAAGGCUUUCCUCCUAAACUCCUUUGGCUUUGGCCAGAAAGGCGCCCAGAUGGUGGGUGUCGCUCCAAAGUAUCUUUUCGCGACACUUGGCAGUGAAUGCUACGCCGAGUAUGCGCGCAAAUACCAUGAACGCGUUAAAUUCGCCAAUCGUGCCUUCGCCAAAGCGGUCAUGUCGAACUCGAUCGUCAAGGCCCACUCUCACCCUCCAUACCAGAAAGACAAUGAGACAUCGGUCCUUCUCGACCCACUAGCGCGCGCGCGCAUUCAUCCUGAGACCCGAGAAAUCUAUUUCGACCCAGCUAACUUGCAUGGUGAUCCUAUUCACUUGGGGCCCGAUUGCCAGCAAGCCGACACGUCGGGGCAACUAGCUCUCGUGCCCCCCGCAUCCAAAUAUGACGAUCUCUCCCUGGGUAUGGAGGCUUAUGACAUGGUCGACCGCCUUCUACGCUCUAUCGGAGUUAGAUCUCCCCCCAUUGGAUCCAUCGGCAUCGACAUCGAGUCCACCUCGGAGUUCUCUUCAGAUGACAGUCCCACGUUUCUUGCCCGAAACUACACCCGCGCCGAGCGCGAACUAGCAAGUCGUUCUCGUGACCCGCACACUAUCUACGUGAGCCGUUGGUGCGCUAAAGAGGCUGUUUUCAAAAGCAUGGGCGUCAUGUCUCAUGGUGCGGGUGCUGCCAUGGACACCAUCGAGAUAUGUAACAACGACAAUGGCUCUCCACGUGUCAAGCUGCACGGACGUGCUCUCCGGGCUGCUCAUGAGGCAGGCAUCACCAAUGUUCUGCUCAGUAUUUCCCACGGCCAUGACACAGUAAUUGCCGUGGCAGUCUCUCAACGUGCUGCAUCCACAGUACCGGUGAGCAGCAUCGCGUUGCUAGAUUCCGAGCCGCCUCUGAAAGGCGUGAAUGAGUAUGUUGAGGAGAUUGUGGUUUUGCAAGAUUAG